CUAAUUUUUGUGGCAACGUUGCUGGACUAUAUAAAGAACAUAUUUAUCAGCAACAGCAGCAUCCAUUUUCUUUUCUCCGCUACGGAAUUAUUACCUCUGCAAACAUGUUGACCAUUGCCGCUGUUCUACUGGCUGCGGCCGUUGCCGUCAACGGGCAAAGUUGCGGUGGCUCCAUCACCGUUGGUGAAGGCUCUCCAGUCCUCAUUCAGUCACCCAAUUAUCCCGACCAGUAUCCCAACAACGCCCAGUGCACAUGGAGUGUGCGUGGAGUUGCCGGAAAGGGACUUGAGUUCAGCUCCAUCGCCUUCAACCUGGAAGGUGGCUCGUGCACAUACGAUGCCCUGACCAUUGGAUCUCAAUCGUUCUGUGGCACCAGUGGCCCGAAUAACUUCGUUACCGGUGCCUCUGUGACCGUCUCUUUCCGCACGGACGGCAGUGUCCAGUACUCUGGUUUCCAAGUGGCCAUCCGGGUUACCGACGGAGCUCCCCCCAGCAGCGCUUGCGGAGGUGAUGUUACCGUGGAGGAUGGAAAGACCUCCUAUAUCACGUCGCCUGGCUUCCCUGGCCAGUACCCCAACAACGCCGACUGCACCUGGACCAUCAGUGGCCCGGCUGGAAAGGCUCUGCAGUUCAACACCGUCAGCUUCGACACCGAAAGCAACUACGACUACCUGGCCCUCAGCGAAGUGGUCAACGGUGCCCUCACUGAAUUCUCCCGCUCCUCCGGCAGUGGACCCAGCAAAGUGCGCAGCCGCACCGGCGAAAUUACCGCUGUUUUCCGAUCUGACAGCAGCGUCCAGCGAGCUGGAUUCAACGUCUCCAUCAAAGUCGAGUUCUGCGCUCCGGGUACCAGCCUGUGUCCCGGCAGUGAGACGCACUGCGUCGCCCCUUCGGCCUACUGCAACAACGUCGCCGACGAAUGCCCUGGUAACAUCGAUGAACAGUACUGCAACGCCGAAUGCGGUAUCGCUCCCAUUGCGCCCAAUCUGCAACCCACCCGCAUUGUCGGUGGACAGGAAGCUACUCCCCAUUCGUGGCCCUGGCAGGUGGCUUUCCUCACCUCCAGUGGAUCGCAGUUCUGCGGUGGCUCUGUGAUCAGCAACCGCUGGGUGAUGACCGCUGCUCACUGCUGUGCCGGACGCAGCCCAUCCAACUCCAAAGUCCUGUUGGGUGGUCAUCGCUACUCCAACCCCGAAGAGGGCUCCAAGGUGCACGCUCUGCGCCGCAUCGUUAUGCACCCCACCUACGGCAGUCGCCCGGCUACCCGCUACGACUUCUGCUUACUCGAACUGGAAGAGCCUGCACAAUUCAGCCGCACCAUCGUCCCCGUCUGCCUGCCCACCGCCGCCGAUGGUGCUCCCGGCAGCAAAUGCUACGUCACCGGCUGGGGUAACACCGGCAAACGCACCGCUCUGGGCUUCGGCGAAUACCUUCGUCUGAUCGAAGCCGCCGAUGCCGGCAAACUGCCCAAGGAUGUGGCCAACAUGCUGCGCGGUACCUCCGUCAUCCACCAGGUGGACGUUAACAUCAGCGAACAGUCCUACUGCAACACCCAGUACGGUGGUGUCAUCGAUGACAGCAUGGUCUGCGCUGCUGCUCCCGGCAAAGACACGUGCCAGGGUGACAGUGGUGGCCCAUUGGUCUGCGACCGCGCUGAUGGCCAGCCUGGAUUCGUCCUGGUCGGUGUAACCUCGUGGGGCCGUGGCUGCGCUCAGGCUGGUUACCCUGGCGUCUACGGUCGCACUGCUCACGUACUCGACUGGAUCACCGAAACCAUGUACUCCAAAUAAAUCACUAAAUUUACGCUUCUCCAGCUUUCACGCACUGCUUUUUACCGGUUUUAAUUAAUUGGUCUGGGUACAGGAGAUUUUUAUGCAAAAUGUUGUUUUUGCGAAACACACAGGUUGCCACUAAUUAUGCAUGAGCAACUAUCAAAAAUGCAAAAACGAAGCAAAAGAUCGAAAUAAAAGUGGCAAAUACUAAA